AGACGGGCUGUCGGUCGGCCGGUCGGCCAGUCGAGCAGACGACGCCCGCGGGUCAACGGUGCAGCAGGCAGGAGCUCGCCUUCUUUCUGGAUUACACACACACUUCGCGCUGACGAUUCGAGACCAGGAGUGCCCUCCGGGAUUCCAUCGAGCAGAGUGGAAAGCAAACAACCAGCACAGCGAGGCCGCACCGAGACAGCCGUCCUCCGCAGCAACCGGGACAGUCGACAGCGCCACAGCCGCCAGAGCCAACGCUGACGCCAGCACCGCGGGCCCAGCUUCCUACGACUUGCAGCGCGUCUGAAGCUAGGCCGGCCUGCCAAGCAGCAGCGAACAUGCAGAGCGAAGGACGUCUCCAGAGCGGCGUGGUGUCUGGCGGCGAGCAGGGGGCCAUGCUGUCCCUGGGCGAGAAGGGACUGGCCAAGACCGGCCUUGUGCACACGGUGAGCAUCGUGGUGGAGCCCGUCGAGCCGUCAGACAGCGCCACCGACGACGACGCCGUCACCGACGACGACCUCUACAUGUGCAAAACGCCCACACCGGCUGAAGAGGACAUGGUGCGGAGUCUAAUCAUGAACGCCGAACUUCGCAAGGAGGAGUUCGCGAAACUGCUCGAGGAACACGCCCAAAUAGUGAUGGAAAUCAACCGGGCCGAAAACAGCCUGGCGUAGUCGGGGCCCCCACGCCCGGAAACACCGCGCCACCCUUCACAGCCAAUCGGCGAGCACGAAGCGACGGUGACGUCACGACCAACCCCAGCCACGCCGCCACCAGGGGGCGCUCGGCGACGGCCGCCGGCGCAACCUCGGAAGGACCGACCAAAAACAAAAUGGCUGCUGCUUCUGCUGGCUGCGUGAAAAAGAACUGGUCACGUGACCACACAGCCCGGGAGCGAUGAUUCCACGUGCGGAGGAAGAAAGAGAAAAAAAAAAAAAACGCUUCUCCGCCCCAGUCCACUCACCCGUCGCUGUCAUAUUAAUGUUCGUUCACGUAACUUUACCGGAGCCUCUCUUAGUUGGGUGAAGACGAGAAACACUUGUGCAUGUAUAGUUUACUGCCUCUAGUGACCAUAGGUUGUGUUCCAUUAUGUUUGGUUAGUUCUUUGUUUUUGUUUUCUUUCCUACGCCUGUACAUAGCAUAGCGCUCUUAGGUUGUGCGAGCUUGUCGAGAGCUGCCAUAUUUUGAUAGCGACGGCCGAGAUGGAAUACCACGUGUCACCUUGUAGACAGGCUUUUCAAAUGGUGACGUUGUUCACAGCUGACUCGUUUAUUACUGGCGCAAAUGCAUACGGUCGCAUGCCGUGAAAACCGAUUGAAGCGGAGCGCGGAUUGGUCGAAAUGCCCUCGUCUUGUCCUGUUGAAAGCAAGGUUGAUCUGGAACGUUUAGCGUUAACGAGGGCGACUGUGUGACUGGUUCAUGUUCCACUUAGUUUCACUGUUACUCCGAUCGAUCUUGAGCGCGAACCUCUAUCCACACUAGGCAUGACGCCAGUCACUUGAGAUAAGUAAACUGUCACGCGUAAUACGACUUGCAUUUCACGCCUACGGUACACGUAGUACGUCACUUGAUGAGGUUUGCGUAACGCUUAAUAGGAGUCUCCCAUGUAAGGCCAUAAUAGCCGUGAUGCGCAUUAGCCGUGAAACUUAUCACGCUUUAUAUGCGCAAAAAGUGCCGAUAUAUUUUUUUUUUUUUUUUAAGCUGAUGCUAUGAUUGCGUGUUUUGCGCGUGUCACGCUUCACGUUAGGGGGUCCAAUGUCAUUUUCUGUCGGACCAGCGGAAAGGUUUUAAAAUUAAAAACGCAAUGCAGCCAGGCACGCUCAUUGCUGACACGUGGUAUAAAUGCAUCUCGGAAGUCCCGGCUCAGGUGUAGCGUCCCGAGCGAAAUUCACCUGCCUUCAAUCCCAAUUUGUAACUGCCGUAAAUCUUUUUCCUAUUAUUUUUUUUUUCUUUUUUGAGCGGGGGAAAAAAAAAGGGGGGGGGGGGGGGGGUUGUGCUGUACCAUAGCUUUGUGUUUUGUUUUUUGUGCCGUAGCACCUGAGCGUGCUACUUCGUAGUAGUGGCGGUUACCAUGUUCGAAAUUUGUUCUAACCUGAAUCCCCUUUGAUAUACUUGUCCAGUUCCUUCUAGUUGCAUUUUUUUGUUCUUAUUUUUGUUUGGAGAGCUCGCGCGUGUAUCAUUGUUGUGAAAGUUCGGUUCCAGCGAGCGGGAGAGUUAUAAUCGCGACGUUGUGUGUGUGUGAGUGCUAGUUCAGCUUGUUUCAUAUGUGAGUGUUCUUUAUGUGUGCUUGAAACGACAAAAGCGUGCCAAAAGAAACGCAUGUCAUUUUUCAUUAAAUUAUGUAAUGUGGAAAACAAAAUGGUGGAUGUAAUUAUUGAUCGAGAUGACGGAAAGCGAUAGACUUAACGCAAGUUUACCUUAGAAAAUAAGCCGCGUGAAACUUUUGUAGGAAAAAUAAAAUAAGUAGUUCUUUUUCGACAAGGCCAAAUAUUUUGGAAGGUACGGGACUCUGUUGGAAGUAAAGUUGAAAACUCGAUAGGAACUAAAAAAAAGAAAACAAGUAUAAGAUUGGUAUUUUCUGGUUCAAAAACAAUUAUGCUCGACCAGGUUUUUUUUUUUUUUUUUUUUUUUUUACAUCUUGUGUAAACAGGUAGGGUCGCCUUACGGCGAGUGACCUACCCCUAAUAAAAAAAUCUGUUAUCCAGACAUUUCAUAAUUACAAAUUUCCACGAACCACUAAUUUUAUACAGCGACAAAUUUAUCAGUCUGACGGCACCAAUUUUCUCCUCUCCUUUGUCUUUAUUCUUAAGGCAGGAAAGCAACCGUCCCAACAAUAUUAUUAAUAGUUGAACCUUCAAAUUAAAUGUGGCUCGAUUUUUCAUCGUGGCUAUUGUAGUAACGCUUCUCUUAAUUUGCCUCCAACCAUGUGACGCUUCACAUAGCUCUAUAGCUCCCGGUCAUGCGCAGUUAUGCUUGUUGGACAGCACUACAAAAACUAAGGUAGAGGUCAGGGCGCCUAAGCCAUACAACCAAGCAACCCUCGCAACAGCGGAGCUGUUAAGGGCUAGUUUCUCCGGAAGCGUGUCCGUCAGCGAACAAAUGAUGACACGAAACUCUGGGCAGCUACCGCCAUCUAUGAGCGACGGCAGCAACCGACUUGCCGGUUCUCAGGUUCCCGCCGUCGCCCAUAGAUGGCGCAACCUUUCCAGCCUUUCCACUUUCGACGUCAUCGCAGUGAGAUUAAGUGCAGGCUUUGUUCGAAUACGGGUGCUGCGUCCAGUCCACCCGUCGAAAAACGCUCAGCGUCACCCAAGUGUGAUGAUAUGUUACGCUGCUUACGGGCUCCGACUAUUUUAGGAUGGUAGGGUUCAUUCAGAUCACACGGCCAUCACGACCGAAACAAUAUGUAGAGCCAUUCAUUCAUUGAUAUGUUCAGUUUCGAGAGCGUACGGCCGGCCGGUCAUUCAAACUCAAAGUAAUUACCUCAGCGUUCCUUUCACAAUUCAGCGUUUUUCGCUUCAGCACGAACAAUAGCGUGCUGUAGCGACAUUCCUCUUCCUUCUAUUAUUUUGAGAGCCGGGUGUAGGCACCGAAUACUGCUGUUGUUUUGAGUGUUGUUACAAUAUAGUCAUCAUUAUUAUUAUUGUUGUUCUCAUCUUCUUUAAUGUUUGUUUGUUUCAUUUGUGGCAGCGCCCACGCAUGUUUUCAGCUCCGGGGGCGCAUCUAGUCUUUCCGUUUCCCAUAGGCUCGAAUCUGGUGUCUUUGGUACCCUGAGUCGUGCCACAAUCUAAAAUGAAAUGAUUGGACCUUUGGUCCAGUCAUUGAAUUUUGUUCAGUGACUGGUACUUUUGACGUUUAUCCAAAUAAAACUUCGCCUGGUGACUUCA